UACAUUUGGACCCACGGAACCUCAGUCGGACCCAGCCCCCCACUGCCAUAACCCGGUCCGACCAUCCGGUCCGGUGAGCUCUAAGGAAGUUUUCGCCGCCGCCCUCAGUGGUGACCGGACUCCAAACACCAUUAGGUCCAUUACCCUCGCAACCAAAGACCCUUGUCCCCUGAAAACCCUAAUCCAUCGCCGUUUCGAAUCGAAGAAGGGCGGGCUGAUUGGAGCUUCUUCUUACCCAAAUCAACGGAUUUGCGUGCUUAGAUCUUAGCGGAAGUGGAUGGCGGACGCCGGGCUGCUCGACGAGAGCAAGUUCGAGUCUACGCUUCAGCUCUGGGCUCUUCGGAUUCCCCGAGAGCUCUGCAAGUCCGUCAGCCGCGUUCUUCGCGGAUAUCUGCUAGACAAAGCUCGUGUCAAGCCCAUUACUGAAGAUCCAACUUCUGAGAAAAAUCGCUUUGUUAUUUUAUCAGAAAGUAUUCAAAACCCUGAUUUAUCUGAGAUCCCAGAUCAAGUACUGGAUGCACUGAAGGAAUUAUGCAACAUUGAAGUAGUGCCCUAUUCGCUGACCCUUGGAUAUUCAUAUUGGGGUGCAGACCAUAUUCUGAAGCAAAUAUUGCCCCAUGGAGUGGAGGUUCCUUCUUCUUUCGAAACAAUAGGUCAUAUUGCUCAUUUGAAUAUUACCGACGACAUGCUUCCCUACAAAGAUGUCAUAGCGAAGGUCAUCUAUGAUAAAAAUCAACCAAGAAUCAAAACUGUGGUGAAUAAAGUUGGAACCAUAACAAAUGAGUUCCGAGUGCCAAAUUUUGAAGUUCUAGUAGGAAAAGAUGAUAUGGUCACUGAAGUGAAACAGUAUGGUGCCAUAUUUAGACUCGAUUACAGCUUGGUAUACUGGAACUCAAGGCUUGAACAUGAACACAUUAGAUUGGUUUCACAGUUCCAGACAGGAGAUAUUAUUUGUGAUAUGUUUGCUGGUGUUGGCCCAUUUUCAAUUCCAGCAGCACAGAAAGGAUGUGUUGUAUAUGCAAAUGAUUUAAAUCCAGAUAGUGUUCGUUAUUUAAGGAUUAAUGCAAAGAUCAACAAGGUGGAGGAUUGUGUUUUUGCAUAUAACCUUGAUGCAAGGGCAUUUGUGCGCCAGUUGAUGUCUGUGCCUGAUUCAGAGAUUAAACCUGAAUCUCAGGACACUGUACUCAAAGAGUGUCAAACAAACAAUUUGAUAGCUAAUAGAGAGGGAAGAUCUGAACACGGAAAACUGGCUGUCGAUAAUAAGGAAAUUCUUGAUGCUGGAAAAAAUGUUCAAGAUCAUAUGGAUGAUUCCUCAACAAUAGCAAAUGCUGCUGCUAAAAGGCGGUCUGAGAUUUCUGAUGAAGCGAGUGUGAUAAAAGGAAACACUAACAAGAGAAUCAGGGGCUUCAAAUUGUCCAUUUCCAAGGCAUACGAGCAUGUUGAUCACAUUAUAAUGAAUCUUCCUGCUUCUGCUUUGCAGUUUCUUGGUAAACAUUUGUACCUGCACGUGUGAUUCUUAGAGUUGCACAUACUGUAGAUGAUUUCAGAGGAAGAUAGAUGGAAGAAUUCUUAAUUUCAAAUGCUAUGGCUAAGUACACCUGUUAUCAACCAUUCUUUAUCUUUGUUCUGUACUAAGCAGACUAAGAAUCUGACAACAAUGUUUUGACCAGAUCUAGUGUAAGCACGUGAAACAAAGAUUAGUUGUUGGACUGUUGUGUAAGCUGUGCUUUGAGAAGAAUUAAUGGAGAACAAUGAAAGGAAGAUGAAGAGAUUGAAAGACUGUUAAAGAAGUGGAAAGUGAAUGAUGGGGAAGGAAGUGAUCAGUUGACUGGUUUGUGACCAUGACUAUUCUCUUAAUCUAGUAGAAUCCCAUACUGAGAGGUAGGAUACAAGCACUCCAUCCCAAAAUGGUUGGGAUAUAUAUGACAUUCUGUAAUAAGCUUUAUUUAAUCAGAUUACAACUUGAACAACCUAGUGACUUUGUAAACCCUUAGUCACCCAUUUCAUAAAUGCAUAGACCAAUCAAACUGGCAUCUACCUUGAAGAUGAUGCAUAUUACCAAUUAUGGCCAUCUUGUUCAUAAUCUGGUAGAUGCAUCUUUGCACCAUAUUUAAACAAGGCCAACAUUACGUCGAAUUCUUUGCCUUUAAAAAAAUAUAUAUAUAUUAGGUUGGUGUUUAAUAGCCACAUUGAUGGUCGCUUUUGAGAUUAUGAAAUUCUGUCAAGAGAAUUGUUGCUCUGUUUUGGCUGAGGAUAUGUGAAGUUUUGCCUACUGUGGCCAUCUCUGCUGGUUCCAAAAGGUGUCAGGCAGUGACAUGGAAAUAUUUGACCGACUGCGUUGCUGUGAGACAUAUUUCUUUUGCAUGUGCACCAUUUUUUAUUACUUUCAGGAAGAAUUAUAGAUAUACAUAUUCUGAAGAUUUGAGAAAAAAAUUGAAUUACCAAAGGGGUUAUUUUCAGUAAAAUGUGCAUGCUAUUAUGAGAAACACAUGGACAUUUUCUAAAACUCCUUUUUGGAUUUCUUUAAGCUCCAUACCAGAUACCCAAAAGAUCCCAAAAGGAAACAAAAAAGAAUGUAUGGAAUCCCUUGCUAUCGCUCAUAGCCAUCAUCAGUAUCAACCAUGUAUCGCUCCAUCUUACAGAUACCAUUGGUAAUGACAGUAGUUCAAUGAUGUUUGUGGCCUGAUGGUGCAGAAUAUAUCCAAGAAACGCUUGAUCAUCUAGAUUAUCUAGCUAAAGCAAUAUGUUUUUUCAAGAAUUCGGGGAUAGAAUGUUGGAACAGCAAUAUGAGCAUGGCGAUAUCAUCCUCUCUCACAUGUUCCACUGUUUGUCUCCAUGACUAUCUGCAUGUUCGCAUCUUCACUUGCUGCAUUAUUUAAAUUGGUGGAUAACUAUUUUGACAGAUUAUGUCCAUCAGAACAACUCAUCCUUCUCUCACAUAACCAAUGAAUCAACCAUACACCAAACUACCGAAGGGAAAAUAUCUUCUAGUAUCUCAACCUAGCCAUGCAAAGUAUGGUUGCACCAUUAGGUGUCUUCAAAGAGUUAACCACACCCAAAACUUUCUCAUGAUUAUAAUAGUCAGUCGCAUUAUAUAUCUAAUAUGUACUGGCGAUCCUUUUUAUUUUGUAUAUUUGUAUGUAAUUAGGUGAGGUUAUUUUACUCUUUAUCAAGUUGCCUGCUGUGAUCUUUCUUGUUCAAGGUUUAUUCUUACUGAAUUACAUGUUAAGUUCAUAAUAUAUAAUUAAUUUUCCUCUUAUUUUCAUGAUUAUUGGUAAAU